UUUUGUGAAGCCUUAUGUAGCUGUAAAGGAGAAACACAGAGAAAAAAAGCAAACCCCGUGGAAGCUGAAGCAGGUGAGCAGAAAGCCAAGGACACAAGCCCAAGCAAGCACUGGGGCUGUGGCUCUGAGAGCACACAGAGAGGCAUCCUUGGGCUAAACGCUGACUUUAAAAGGCUUGGAACUGAGCGCAGAAACAAACAACCACUCUCUGUGCUCCCCCUUCCCACCGCCAACAACAACAACAACAAAAAAAAAAAAAGAAAAAAAGAGGAAAAAAACAAGAAAAAAGUUAGUUUGUGUUUCCCCGUGACUACCAGGCACUGCCGCAGCGGCAAACGCGCCGCCCGGCGCUGCGCACACUCGCAGGACCCGCACCGCCCAGCGUGGCCUCGGGCACCACCCGCUUCCCCCGGGGGACCCGCCGGCGGGCGCGUCCGGUCCUGCCCCCGCUCCCGGCGGGCACCCCCGGCUUCUCCCGGAACCGGUCCCCGGCCGACGGACGAGCCGCGGCGGUGCGGGCAGCGCUGCCUGCGCAGGCUCGGGGCGGGGGCCGCGCCUCCCACCCUGGGGCCCAGCGAGGACCAAACCCCAGCUGAGGUGGUGAGCAGCAGCACCUGGAGAGGAGAGGGAGAUGCGGAGAUGAGACAGGGUUUAAGCCCUGUCCCUGGUGUUUGGGGACCCUGCCCUGACAUGGCUGUCCUUUGCAAGUUGAUACUUGGAGGAUUUCUUUAUCUCUAUGGAGGGCGCAACACCACCAGCCUUAGGGAUUUUUGGCGAUACAACAUAGUGAAAAAUGAAUGGGAAAUGCUGGACUGCUCAAGAGAUGGCCCAGAAGAACUGGAAGAACAUUCAAUGGUGGCUUAUAAGGGCAUCCUGUGUAUUUUUGGUGGGAUGGUGGAUUCUGCUUUCACGCAAGCUAAAAUUCCUCUCUGGAUAUAUGACACUGAUUCUGCGAGAUGGACAGAGUGCCGUACCGUACCAGCAGAGACUGAGAGCUCGGCACCAGCCAACAGGAAAGGUCACAGUGCAGUCGUGUACCAGUCCAGCAUGUACAUCUACGGGGGAUACUUUGGCAUCAGGGGCAUUUCACAGGAGUUUUGGACUUUCCAUUUUGACACAAGAAGAUGGGAGUGUGUUUCCAGCCCAUCUCGCAGUCCUGGCCCAGGACCUCGGCACGGCCACUCGGCGGUGGUUUAUCGCACGGGCAUGUACCUCUUCGGAGGGCUGAUGGGGCUGAGCGAACAGAAGGACUUUUGGAGGUGGGACUUUGUGAGCAGCAGCUGGUCCAGCCUCAGAACAAGCCAAGGACCUCCUCCAGUGGUAGGUCAUGCUUCGAUAGUCUUCAAAGACUCUCUGCUGAUUUUUGGUGGAGGCAUUUCAAAUUCCAGUCCUCUGGGUGACCUCUGGAAGUAUCAUUUCCCUACGCAGACAUGGAAGAAGCUUAGUAGUACUCUGAAGGCAAACUUACCUCCUAAAAUGUAUCACUGCAUCUUAGGAAUUGGUGCUGAUUUCCAAACUACCUCAGAUUUCACCGAUCCGUUCCCCAGCCAUUGGAGAAGGCAGCAGCAGGGCCAUCAGCAGCCGGUGGCCAUCCCGACACACACGCGCUUGUGCAGCCUCUUCCGCCAGCAGCCCGCGCACCGAGCGUCCCGCGGCGAGGAAAGCGACGCCAUGGAGAUGAAAACCUUCAGCUCGCCGCUGGAGCCGGGGGGUUUCUGUGCGUUUCAAACCACUUCAGAGGCAGAACUAGGCCCAAACAGAGCAACAGGCCUUUUGUCAAAGGACAAGUCUCUCCGUCUGUUCGUCUCUUCAGAAAAAGAGACUUCUGAUGCUGCUCAGACUGUGGGAGGAGAGGAGGGAACCGACUGUCAGCAUGCAGCUGCAGUGGAUGAAGUUUGUAGUGGUACCAACGUGCUGCUGCUCCUCGGGGGUAAACCUUUAUCCAGCUUCUCCGAGAUCUCUUUCUGGCAAACAGCGUUUGAGAGCUUGUGACCACUUUGAUUGCAAAGUGAAAGAAUAAAUUUCCACCAAGGUGCCAGUAGGUGGUAAACCAGCCAACUGCUUGCAGCUCUCCGCAGUUUCCUAUCAGCACACCGGGGAAAAAAAAUUAAACCUUCUCAUACUUGCUGUAAAAAGAUUUUUUACAAUGUGAACAAAACCUGACGUAUUUUUAAGUCACAACUCGCUCAUAGGUUACAAUUUCUGAGAGGAGCUUGUUGGAAUACUGCUCUGUUACUUUUUUCUUCUGGUCAGUUAAUAUCCUUUCAGACUGCAGUGGCUGAUGCAGCCUUGAAAAUCAGAACUACAAGUAUCCCUACAAGUAUCCCUACAAAUACUACAAGUAUUCUGGCUCCGUAACUGCCAUUUCAGGUGCAAAUCUUGCUCAUUUUGCACUCACGUAAGAAAUAAAUAUGUACCCAUAAAACUAUAUUUAAAUCAAGUCUGUGUGGGUUAUGGUCACGUUUGAAGGGUUUGAUAAAUCUUAAUGGUAACAUUUUCUAAGAGUCUUCAGAUUGUUUUCUUGAAAGAGGGUUCUUUGCACAAUAUAUUUGCAACAUGAGAUGGCCUACAACAAAGAAGAAACUUCACAGACAAAUUGGCCAAGGAUUGCACCCAACCCCGAGGAACCAAACCUGCAAAGUCUCUCUGGAAAAAUCACAUGCAGCAUCAGAGCGGAGGAAGAGCAUCACACCGGGAAGAACAAAAUAGUUGUGCAGUGCACGUGAGGUGUCGUGGCUGAGAGCAGGAUACAAAGGGUUUGAUUUCCUGUUGGGGGGAAGAUAGAAAAAAAAGAGGCAGGCUGGACAGGAGUGGCACAAACCAGAACCUGUUCUGCUGGUAACUCAGAUUUUAGCCACAAAGGGGUUUCUGCUUCCCCAGCUCCAUCUCUCUCUGUUUGGUCAACAUACGCAGUAUUUGUUACAAAUUUCCCCUCUAUACCAGUAAAUCCUGAGUUCACAUGCUGUUUUGUUUGUUGAAAGGAAAAAGUGCUUUUCUAUGAAAGGAAAUAUUGCCCAGUGUUCCGAGCAUUUAUUUCCACAGAAGUUAUGAAGAUACUGGCCUUCUGGCUGAACUUCAGCUUCUCUAAGAAGAGAUGCUGAUGUUUGAAAUUAGUGGAAAGUGUAAUUGAAUACUUCUGAAUAUUUGAAAAAUAUCACUUUUCAAAAGUUUCAUAGGAAUAAUGAAUUUUAAGUGAGAGUAUUUCCAGAUACUUCAUCAUCUCUUCACAAGUACCUGUCACAUGGAUCCAAUAGGAAAAUGAUAGAUGAGUUUGCAAAAAGCUACUUAAGAGUUAUUUGGACCUUCUGUGACCUCUGUAAACAGGAUUGUGUGCUGCCAUGUAAAUAAAGCCUGCUGCAUUUCAUAUCAGCGUGCGCUCGUUUUCUCAGCUUUCAUGACUUUAAAAUAUUUACAUUUUCAAAAUGAACAAAGAACUUACGUUUCUGCAGAAGGAACACACUCCCGCAAGCCCCAGUUAUCUCAUGGCACUUCAGCCAGACGGAGGGCUGCCCCGGCUUUUAAUUUCUCCUCCAAGAACAGGGAAUUGCCCACUUAGAGGCAGAAUGUUCGAAAUGGACUCCAAUACGGUGAUUGGGCUGAAAACUGAAAACUUAAAUCAGCAGCGGGUUUUUCUUUUGCUGGCUGACACGUCUGUUUUGGCGUUAUCCAGAGAGUGCUGCUGUAACGUAUGGACUUUUACCUGGGAUUGACGAGGGAAGGAAACUGAACUGGGAAGGGCAAUGAUAAACCAGUGGUGUUCCAAGUGGCCUCCUGGCAGGUACAGGUAUCCCAGGGCUGUGAACAGCCCCAGGAAAAUAUCACCCAGGCUCUCCCACUCCUUUCUUCCUCACUCCAACUCUCUUCCCUUUGGCAGCCCUUCAAGGGGUUUAACAUUUACCUGGAGCCAGCGCAGGCAGGACAGGAGCCAGCCCAAAGGCCACGGCUUGGCACGGGGAGGAACAAGCAGCUUGCGGCAGGCGCCCAUCUCCCUCGCUCCUGCCCUGGCCUCUGGCACAGCGCCAGCUCCUGCGCCCUGGACAUCCUGAGCCUCCCACAAGGACACGAUGCUGCGGGGGCCCCGCCGGUCCCCAGCCCCUGUGCAGGGGCUCCAGGAGGGGCUGUGGCUGAAGGGAGGGGGCUCAGGGCUCGCCCGCAGGAGGCCGAGCUGCAGAGAAGCCCCCAUAAUGCUACAGAAGAGAAAGGAGCCCCAACCUGACAGCAGGACUCUGCUCCAGCAGACUCACUGGAGCCACUGGAGGCUGUUUCUCCCUUUGAUGGCUGGUUCCCAGGUCUUUAAAAAAACAGGAGUGAGCUCAGGCUGGAAGGGAUGGAGUUUGAGAUGCAAAGGAACUGUGUCCCACAGCCACCCAGCAGCAGGAGUGCUCCUCUGCCUGGCACCUCGGUCCCUUCCAGGCACACAUGGUUCAUACUUCAGAUUCUGUCCUAAAGACGGUACCCAAGACCUCCGCACACAGCCCUUGCUUGCUCCACUGUAUCACAUCUCCUGGGUCAUCUUCCCUUUCAGAGCUCAACCGGUGCUGUCAACUACACUUCACAGGGUUCUCGGAAAACCUCGAGUGGUUUCAGUCCUGUUUUCCUGGUUCAUUUUUAUCCAGCGCAGUCACCUUUUCACAGAGGAAGCUUCUUUGUGGAUGCGGUUGUGAUAUUUCUCCAUAACUGUAGCAGUUACUGAGAAUUCAUCCUGGGCUCCAGUGAGUGACUAAAAGCUGCUGCCAUCUGAAAGCUCGGUGGUGGCCUGCAUGAAAUAAUGAAUGGAAUUACUCCAGCUAAUGGCAGCUAUUUAGGAAGAAAACAAACCACCUCAUUUUUGGCUGGGCACAGACAUUUUUGGCUGGUGCUGCCACUGAAGCGAGCUGCUUUAAAAUGUCUCCGAAAACAAGGGAAGCUUGCAGGUGUUUGAUAUGCCCACAGUCCAAUGCAAUCCAUAGAAUAAAGGCAAAAGGAUGCAGCAUUCUUUGGUGAUCUCAUCUCAGACAUGAGAUGCACUGUUGUAUCAUAAAUGCACAAGAGAAUGAAUCAAUCAAGCCUUAACUAUCUCAACAAACCCAUUGUCUUUAAUCACCAUUUGGUUUCUGAACAUUAAAAUGCACAAAUGGCAGAGGGAUCUUCUUUAAAAUGAAAACAUUUAAAGAAGGGUUUUUAAAGUAAUAAUAAAAUGUAAACUAAACCUGUUGCAUUGUUUUGAGUUAUAAAUGGACUUGAAGAACACUUCAGUGACUUAGCACAGGAAUCAUAGUUUGACCUACACAACAAAAAAUGCCACAAGAGGAACUACUUUCUGUGAGCUUAGUCAAUGGGAUGGAAUUAUUUCCCUUCCUUUUGAUACUUUCCCAAGUUUAUUAGUGGUUGAGAAAUGAAGAUGAUCAAAUUGUUUGGCUGCCCUUUGCUGCCGCCUUAAGCAUUUCACCAAAAUUGAGGGUUGGAAAUAACCAGUUUCUUUUAAACAAUCACCAGCACCACUGUACCUCAAAACAGAAGGAUCCUGUGAGCACUGGAGAUAACAAGCAGGAUUGCUCAGCUGACCGGCACUCACUUCUGGCUGCGUGUUGUGGAACCACACUUGGAAGUUCAAACUUCCUUUUGGCCACACACCUCCAUAGUAUGAUUUUCAAAACCACUGAACACCUGCCUGUCUUCCUGGAAAACCUCAGCUCUUUCAGAAAUAAGGCAUUUAAUUCUCUAGCAUCUAUCUGCAAGCUUUGAUGCCACCUGAUGUUACACUUUAAUCAAAAAUACAUUAAGUUUACAACGUGGCCUGCAGUUUUGACAGCCCAAAUAAGUUCACAAACGUCUCUCCAACUCAGGUACCUUCUUAGCAUAGACAGAAAAUCACAGUCCCACAGAGCGUUAACGCGCUGCCAGAGACCCCAUCACUCACCUCCCCAGGCCCAACCAACCCGCCCUGUUGCUGCCCCACCAGCCUGACACAGCCGCGCUUAAAGAUGACUCUGCAAGACUUUUGCACUGAUGUGGUGUAUUUAAGACAAAACUACAGUACAAACAUUUCAAGAUUGUAUUCGGUGGACACAAAUCACAGUUUCUUGUUCCCAUACACAGUUUCAGUUUCAAUACAGACCUCAGUGCAGUGCCUACAACAGUUCAUAUAUCGCUAUUGCUGUGAAACAGAAGCAAGAGGGUGCACUUUGUUUUAUAAAAAAAACAACAAAUAAAUUAUACAUUGAGAGCUAUUGCCAAGCUUUACAUAUAAAAGGUAAAAAUACAGUAGUUAGUGUGGCUUUAACAAACAAACAAACAAAAAAACUAUCUAAAAAAAUAUUCUUACAUACUUUAAAAAUCAGUUUGUCCAGUUAUAGGUGUGGGGGUGUGUGUGUUCAUGAAGCAGAGUGCUCAAGCCAAGCAGUACAAAGGAGGGGAAUUUUGUCAGGAAACCUCACACACACGUGCAGGGCCACAAAACAGACCCUGGUGCUCCCCAGGCUCUGCGCAUCGCUGAGAUCCGCCCCGAACACUGUGACAGGUCCGUGCAGCACUGAGUGUCGUGGCACCAGCGCAGCGCUGAGGGACACGGCACCAAUGCUGCCGCCACCCCCGCGGCUGGGAAGGGCCCUGGGCUCCUGUCUGCGGUGCUGCCGCUUGAACCAAACACACCCAGGUUACACCUGCAUCACUGAAAGGCCACCAGCAUGAAUUAUUUUUAUUUUUGGUAUAAAAGUUACGAUUGUCCAGCUGCAUUUGAAAGCUGUGACGUUACCGUAUCUAACAGCUACAUAAUUUACUACAACUUUUUAGAGUAACAAACACUCUACGUGCCCAGAAAGAGCUUUAAACGCUCGCUGGCCAUGACACAGAGCUGCUGUUAACACUUCAUCUGCAGAUUCGGGUUGUACCAGAAAAUGUUCACAACGUGAACAACACAUCCAGUGCUGUCUGUGCAGGGGAUGCUGAUCCCAACAGUGCAGCUUUGCUUCACGAAACAAGAAGGGGCAAGGGGCAGAAAAAGGGGCCACGGUGAGGGGCUGAAUAUAGUUUGUGGAAAGGGACCCGAACGUAUCUCUUCACCUGAGCUCCUUUUCUGGUGCUGUAAAUGUUCUUGCCAAAGUUGUGUCCAAACAAUUGUCCAAAACCUGGCUUUUACACCACUGUAUUCAACAAAGUAUACAUGGAAUUUAAGUUUAAAAUCAAAUACAUUCAAGCUAGUUCAUUAACCACGACUGAUUACCAGGUUAAGUAGUUAUGUCAUAUGACUUCCCAGUAUUAGAUCCCAUUACCACUGAAGUAGGGAUUCCCUUAAUUCAAGCACAUGAGGCCCUGAACUCUCACAUUCUCAUGCCGAUUUAAAAAUCUUCUAAGACCAUCACCACGUGCUCAGCACACGCGUUCUCUGGUCUCAUCCUGUUACAGCCCAUAGGUGAAACUGAAACGCUGUUCUAAGAUUCAUCAGUUUGAGAUACAGGGUGGGGCUUUUUGUUAUUAUAAAUGUUAAGAUUUCCAUAAAAUCUUUUACUCCAGUCACUUAUGGAAUGUGACUGGAGAAAAAUCACUUUUAUUUUUAGAACCACCCACUUUCGGUUUUAGUUCAGCAUUUUUUAAUUACAGAGUUUAAAAGCCUCCAUCUCUGAUCUGCACUGCUUGUGCACACAGCAGACAGCUAUGAGGCCGUUACUGAAGACGGGCUGGGACAGGCGUUAGUAAGUCAAGGGGG